UGGCCAAGUUCUGCAACGAACGGUGACACUCUCGCCAGAACUGGUGCGCUGGUGCUGGUUUUUUCAAUCGCUUGACCACUUCUUUUCUUUCAUAAACAUCAAGUCUUUGCACAUCACUCAAGAUGUCGCAGACAAUUGGCCUGACAAGGCUCGCCUACUCCCGAGUAUGGCACCAAGUCUCCGCCUCAACGCCUCACCCAACUCUCACCACCCAGCCCAACGUGACUCCCCCCUCGCUGGGCCGCCUGGCAUCCCGCAUCGCCGUCCUGCUCAUGGGCAAGCACAAGCCCACGUUCGACCCCUCCACCGACUGCGGCGACUACGUCGUGGUGACAAACUGCGCCGCGCUGCACACCACGGGCAACAAGAUGUGGCGCAAGAAAUACUACCGACACACGACGAGGCCCGGUAGCUUGAAGACGGUGACGAUGGACGUGCUGAUGGAGAAGCAUGGCGGCAGCGAGGUGCUGCGCAAGGCAGUUAGCGGGAUGUUGCCCAAGAACAGGCUGCGGGACAAGAGGCUGGCGAGACUAAAGGCGUUUGAGGGCGGGGCGCAUCCGUAUAAGCAGAAUGUGAUACGGUUUGGGGGGAAGGUUGUUGGGUCGGAGGGGUGGCAGAAGGCGGUGGAGGCGAUACGGAAUACGGAUAAGGAUAGGUUAUGAGGGACGAUUGAUUGAUGUUUUUUUGGGAUGAUAAUCUGAUGAAAAAGAUUAUUGUACUGUUUGUACUAUAUUUCGUGUGUUGAUGACUUUGAAUACGAAAAGGAAAACUAGGAGCUUGUUCUGAUAGAAUCAAGAGCGUGGUUCAAAUACAUAAAAUGACCAAC